AAUAGCAGCUAUUUUGCAAUUUGCUUUGGGGUUGAAAUAUUGGCGCCUUUUUAACUUUUACAUAUAAAUUCUUUAAAAAUGCGUGAGGUAAUAUCAAUUCAAAUCGGGCAAGGAGGAAUUCAAAUCGGAAAUGCUUGCUGGGAAUUGUACCUUUUGGAGCACGGCAUUGAUGUUGACGGCUCUACUAAAAGUAAAGCAGAGAAUACGAAUGGAUCGAAUAAAUUAUCUCAAGAUACUAAAAAUGAAACCACGAAUGACUCGAAUACCUUUUUCGCAGAAACUGGUCUGGGCAAACAUGUACCACGCACUGUUUUUGUUGAUCUUGAGCCUACAGUUAUAGAUGAUGUACGUACAGGUAACCUUAAGAGUCUGUAUCAUCCAGAACAACUUAUAUCUGGAAAAGAAGAUGCAGCCAAUAAUUAUGCACGUGGCCAUUACUCUAUCGGAAAAGAAGCAAUUGAUAAAGUUAUGAAUCGCAUUCAAAAAUUAUCUGAACAAUGUGAAAGUCUUCAAGGUUUCUUAAUAUUUCAUAGUCUUGGUGGUGGAACUGGAUCGGGCUUUACUUCUUUACUUAUGGAACGCUUAACUGCAGAUUAUAGUAAGAAAUGUAAAUUGGAUUUUGCAGUGUACCCGUCACCAAGAGUUUCAACGUCAGUUGUAGAGCCAUACAAUGCAGUUUUGACUACACACGCGACUUUGGAGACUUCGGACUGCGUUUUUAUAGUAGACAAUGAAGCAAUCUACGAAAUAUGUCAGAAUAGUUUGAAUAUUGAUCGUCCCAAUUAUCGUAAUCUGAAUCGCCUUAUUGCACAAAUUGUUAGUUCAACUACAGCUUCUUUACGUUUCAGUGGUUCUAUGAAUGUCGAUCUUAAUGAAUUUCAAACAAAUUUAGUACCUUAUCCUCGAAUUCACUUUCCACUAGUAGCAUACGCUCCAUUGGUAUCUUCAUCAAAUGCAUCGCAUGAGCACAAUACUAUAAUGGCAUUAACAAACUCAUGUUUUGAAGCUUCAAAUAUGAUGGUGAAAUGUGAUCCACGUGCUGGAAAAUAUAUGGCUUGUUGUAUGCUCUAUCGUGGGGAUGUUGUACCAAAAGAUGUAAACGCGGCAGUAUCGGCUAUAAAAUCCAAGCGACAUAUUCAAUUCGUGGAUUGGUGUCCAACAGGUUUUAAAAUAGGAAUUAAUUAUGAGAAACCUGCAUGCGUACCUGGAGGAGAUUUAGCCCAGACUCCUCGAGCAGUUUGUAUGCUAUCAAAUACAACUGCAAUUGCUGUUGCAUUCAGUAACUUGGAUUACAAGUUCGAUUUAAUGUUUAAGAAACGUGCAUUUGUGCAUUGGUAUGUAGGCGAAGGAAUGGAAGAAGGCGAGUUUACGGAAGCUCGUGAAGACUUGGCUACAUUAGAGAGAGAUUUUGAAGAAGUUGGUACAGAUGAUCAAGAACAAAGUGUUUGUGGUGAUUAUGAACUUUAAAUUGUUUUAUUUCAAUAGAAAAUAAUUUUUU